CUCCUGUUGGAGGGACGGCAGGAGAACCGUCGAGUCUGCCGUCAAAACUCGUCCACAAACAGCCGCGARUCGUCCGGAUAAACACCCGGAGCCGCCGACGGAGGGGCUUCAAACCCGAACCGGACCACGGACACGAACCGUAUCGAUUAAUUUCCAAGASGCACCGAUUGAUCACGGAUCGUGUGUCCGUGUGUGUACAGACRUUAGUGCGCGAGCUCGGACACACGCGCACAGUCACAGGUUGCCUUGCUAACCUCGUUAGCCAAGUUAGCAGGCGGAGGUAAGAGGCUGUUUUUCUUUUCUUUUCUUUUUUUGCCGGACUAAUCCUCCGGGAGCCUGCCAGCCGUUCUCCGGACGGUCUCGUUACGGGAUUCUGGCACGAUGUGCAUUUUUUCGGGACGUUUAUCCAGUUGGCCGGCUGGUAGCAUCAGAGAAGCUGAGUUUUUACUCAUUUUUUAUUCUGCGUUUUUUCCUCUGAUUGUUGGUCUCCGUGUGGCUUAAAGCGGACUUUAACCCCUGGGAGUUGUAAUCAACAGCCUCCAGUUCAGAAUAAACAAAUAAAAGCCUCCAUUGAUUCCUGUUGGAGUGUUCAAAAACUUAAGAGGGGGGGGAGGUUUUAAAAAAAAAAGUUUGGGAGGAUUUUUUUUUUCCGAGUCUGUGGAAAAAUGGAUGCGGGGAUAGAGAAGGAAUGCAGCGCCUUGGGAGGGCUUUUCCAGCUCAUCAUGAACGACAUGAAGGCCAGUUAUCCCACCUGGGAGGACUUUGUUUCCAAAGGGGCCAAGCUGCAGUCCCAUCUCAGGCGCCACAAAAGAGAUCGGCUCGGCUCUAACCAGGAUGUGUAUGAGACACCGGAGCAUCGAAUCCAAGCUCAAACUGUUCACCACGUAAGGACGAGGCGCGGGGACAGCUGGACAGCGCGCUGCAGGACGUCAACACGCGCUACACCGUCCUGGAGGAAACGGAGAAGCGAGCCGUGCGCCGGGCGCUGGUGGAGGAGCGAGCUCGUUACUGCAGUUUCGUCAUCAUGAUGAAGCCUGUGCUGGACCACGAGAUCAACAUGCUGGGGGAGGUGACCCACCUGCAGACCAUCCUGGAGGACCUGACCAACCUGACGGCAGAACCCAACAAACUCCCACCUGCCAGUGAACAGGUGAUUUUGGACCUAAAAGGUUCAGAUUUUAACUACACCUUUCAGACACCUCCACCUUCUCCCAGCAACAGUCUGUCCAGGAAGAGCAGCAUCAGCAGCUACAAUUCUGGAUCAGUGAGACAUGUCCCCUCCUUGGACUCCAUCAGCUGUGCUGUGGACGGAGUUCACAUCCAGGAUCUGAUGGGCUCUACCAACCAGCUGCAGUCGGGGAGCGGCGGGGCGGAGAAUGGCCUGCUGGCCCCCCCACACAACGCCUACACCCACCACGGAGAGCGAGCUCGAGCCAUGUCUGCUUCAGGGAAGUCCUGCUCACCGCGGGACCAGAUGGGUCUGACGCUGGGGGGGUUGAGUUCAGACGCCUCGAGGAGCAGCAGGGACUCUCUGCACUGCUCCAGUGGCUACAGCACCCAGACCACCACCCCGUCCUGCUCCGAGGACACCAUCCACACCCACACUGACUACGAGUCCAUCUCCCUUCAUGGAGACAUGGACUCCAUCUCCUUCCACCAGCUGUCUCUCAACAGCAGCCAGUCGGACUUCGACAGGUCCUCCACCAUCCCCAGGAACUCUGACUUCAAAAUCCAGUUCCGGGAGUUCGCUCARUCCAAACGCCCCGCCUCCACCGUCAGCCUAUUGGCCGAGCCGGAGCUGAGCGGCGUCUCGGGCUGUCAGCCGCCCUCCCACACGGCGACCAUCCGGCGCAAACCGUCCACCAAGCCGGUGUACCGCCGCAGCACCGUCAGCUGCGGGGUCGCCAUCCCCAUCGGCACRCCGCAGGUCCCCCUCAAGGCCCUGAGAGGAAGCAGCGGCAGCGACGAGAACGUUUUCAAAGCKCCCCCUGCUGGAGGGCUGGGCAACAGCAAGUUCUGCACGUCAACGCAGAGCCUCAGCGCUCUGCCUUCAUCCUCCUCCUCCUCUUCCUCUCCGUACUACCAGUUCAUCCCAGGACAGAUGCCCAUCCCGGUGCCGGUCCCCACGGUCCCCUGCCAGCCUCCGGAGGGUGGCAACGUCAAGCAGCAACAGCAGAGACAGCAACUGCAACAGCUGCAGCAGCAAAUUGACCAUCAGCAACAACACGGUCAACUGCAACAAUUACAGCAGCAACAACUACAGCAGCAAUACGGUCAAUUGCAACAAUUACAGCAGCAACAACACGGUCAACUGCAGCAGCACCAUCAACAGCAACAUGGUCAGCUGCAACAAUUACAGCAACAUGGUCAGCUGCAGCAACAGCAAUUGCAGCUGCAACAAUUACAGCAGCAACAAUUACAGCAGCAACACGGUCAACCACAGCAACAAAUGAACUAUCAACAGGAGGAUUGUCAAAUGCAGCAACAACUACAGCAGCACCAUCAACAGCAACAUGGUCAGCUGCAACAAUUACAGCAACAACAACUGCAGCAGCAACAAUUACAGCAACAACAACUGCAGCAGCAACANGCACAAUUACAGCAACAACAACUGCAGCAGCAACAAUUACAGCAACAACAACUGCAGCAGCAACACGGUCGACUGCAGCAACAACUCAUCCAUCAGCAGCAGCAUCAACAGCUGCAGCAGCAACUACAGCAACAGUUUAAGCAGCAGCAACUAAAGCAGCAACAUGGUCAACAGCAGGUCCAGCUUCAGCAACAUCCUCAAGUCAACCAUCAUCAACAUCUGCAGCAACAUCUGCAGGACCAGAACCGUCCAGCAGAGCAGCUGAGUCAGCAGCAGAAGCAGAGGCUGUUCCAGCAGCAGCACCAGGACCCGCCGCAGGUCUCUGCCGGCCCACAUCGGCCCUCCAGCCUGGACUGCAGCACCGACCACCAGCCCCGGGUCCUCCCCUCUUCYGGCCCGGGUCAGAACCCAGAGCCUCCGGGCCAGGAGGCCACAGGCGGAGAGAAGGACAUGCUGACCCUGAUCCGGAAGGUCACGUUGAGACGGACCGUCACCAACGAUCGCUCCGCCCCCUUCCUGCCCGCUGCAGCCAAUCACAAYUGAGCUGAGAGGAGCUGUUCACAGGCUGCAGCUCCUGGAGCAAACUAAAAACACAAAUCUGA